CACUUCCUUCGUACCGGACAUCUGCACGUGUUGAAGAAGUGACUGUUUACAGUGGUACGAAAAGUCUGGAGUUUCCUUCUCACAUUCUAACAAAACACACUGACGCCACUCAGCAAUUACAGUGAUGCCGAAAGUAAAGAAAUCUAAAGGCGGAGGAGGAGAGACGAGCGGAGGAGCGGUGGGGCUCGCCGACCAGAUCCUCCAGGCGGACACGAUACGACCCCGAGGCCGAGUGAAGAACAGGGACAGCCGGUCGGAAAACGAGGACAAGUACGUAGACGAGCGACUGUCGCGGAAAAUCCUACAGCAGGCCCGAAUUCAGCAAGAGGAGCUCCAGACUGAAUAUGGCCUGGCACCGGAGAAGAAAAAAGCACCGCUCACUUCUCUCGGGCCCGACUCUCAGGAUGCAGAGUCAGAUGAGGAAUGGCCAGCGCUGGGGGAAGCAGGUGCUGGUGAAGAUGCUGAGUGUGACACUGAAGUCGUCGUUGACCCUGAUGAUGAGAAGGCCAUGGAGAUGUUCAUGAAUAAAAACCCUCCCAUGAGACGGACCUUGGCCGACAUUAUCAUGGAGAAGAUCACAGAGAAGCAGACUGAGGUGGGGACGGUGAUGUCGGAGGUGUCAGGGCGUCCGAUGCCCCAGCUCGACCCGAGAAUAAUAGAAGUGUACAAAGGUGUCAGUAAGGUUCUGUCAAAAUAUCGCAGCGGUAAACUGCCGAAGGCUUUUAAAAUUAUACCAGCGCUUUCAAACUGGGAGCAGGUCCUCUAUUUGACUGAGCCUGAGACCUGGACUGCAGCUGCCAUGUACCAAGCAACAAGAAUCUUCUCCUCCAAUCUGAAAGAGAGGAUGGCCCAACGAUUUUACAACCUGGUGCUACUGCCCCGAGUCAGGGAUGACAUAGCAGAGUACAAACGACUCAACUUUCACCUCUACAGUGCUCUGAAGAAGGCCCUCUUCAAACCUGGAGCGUGGUUUAAAGGUAUACUGAUUCCUUUGUGUGAAUCUGGAACGUGCACUCUCAGGGAAGCCAUCAUCAUCGGGAGCAUACUAACUAAGUGCUCUAUCCCCGUCCUUCACUCCAGUGCUGCGAUGCUUAAGUUGGCAGAGAUGGAGUACAACGGUGCCAACAGCAUUUUCCUGCGUCUCUUGCUCGACAAGAAAUACGCCCUGCCUUUCCGUGUCCUAGAUGCCUUGGUGGCCCACUUCCUCUCCUUCCGCAGUGAAAAACGUGUGCUUCCUGUGCUGUGGCAUCAGAGUUUACUCACCAUGGCUCAGCGCUACAAGGCUGACCUGGCCUCGGAGCAGAAGACGGCCCUGCUGGAGCUGCUGAAGAUUCAAACACACCCUCAGAUAUCUGCAGAGAUUCGCAGGGAGCUACAGAACUCAGAGUCGAGGGAUCUUGAAGUGGGGCUCCCUGUUACAGUUGAAAUGGACUGAGUCAGUCUCGUCUGACGCAUCAUCAUACAAGAAAAUAAGUUCUGGUGAAUCUUCCUCCAUUAUUCUGAAAGAACAUUUUCACAUAUCUGUGAGUCAUUACAUGUCUCAAAGCUGACACUCAGCUCCUCACUUCGGUAUGUUAAUUCAGAUGCACAUCAGUAGAUCAUGACUCUCAGUCUCAUGGGAAUUUCAGUGGUUGCUUGGCAAUACAAAGACUGUUUUUGUGUCAUUUAAGCAACAUUGAAGCAACAGUUUGAAUUAAAAACAAAGUGAAUCUAUAAAAA